AUGAAUAAUAUAUAAGAAUUUUUAGUUUAGAAAUUUUUUGAGCCUUCUCAAGAUGUGAUAAAAAUGAUUGCCUAAAAAGAGUUUCUAUAUAUAGCAUAUUCAAAUGAGAUUAUUGUCCUGUCACUUAAGCGUUUAACUCAAAGAAAGGAUAUUAUAAAGAAAAAAAUAAGCUUUUAAGAGAUUCAAAAAUUUCAAACAUUUGAUGCUUUAACUAGUGCUUUUAAUGAUAAUGAUUAAACAAAAUUUAUUGGAUUAGCAUACAAGAAUGAUAGCUAUCCAAUUUUAUAUAGUAGCAAUCUUGAAAAAAGAAUAAUAUCACUUAAUUCUGAAUAGCCAUAGAUAAAAGAUUUCUAUGUAAUAGAAGAAAAAGUAAUAGUUUUGUGGAAUAAUGGAGCAUUAGUUACAGAUCAAGAAUUAAUGUUUGACAAUGUUAAGGCAAUAUCGAGUUGGAAUAAGAAUUUAGCUGUUUAUAGAAACAAUGAAUUAUUGAUUGGAAACAAUAAAUUAAAUUUAAAUUAAGAGUAUAAAGACGAGAUAAUGUACUCGCAUUCUAUUUUGGUUUUAUAUAAUUCAAAUUAAAUACUUAUUCAUGACGAAAAAAGCACAAAUCAAAUAGCCUUUUCUGGAGCUUUAUAAAUAGAUGUUAUUGAUUAAGAUACUUUAUAUAUAUUAUGCGGUACAUAGAUUUAAAUGUUCAAAAUAAAAUCAAAGUAAAUGCAUAUAAAAUUGGAACUGCCUUUUAUAAGCAAAUUUUAUAGAAUUAAUGAAUAAGACUUCUUGUUUAAGAAUGGAAAAUUAUGGAUUGCCAAGAAAUGGAAUAAAAUUAAUAGAGUUAUUUCGGUUUGUAAAUCAUACAAUCAAAUUUUAGAGUUUGUAUGUCUCAAAGAAUAAGUAGGAUAAUCAAUAAAUUGUGUUAUAAUGGAUAAGGAUCCAAAUGAGAUUUGUAAAUUGAUGAUUCAACCCUCAUUAGAUAGUAAUUUUUAACAACCACUUGAUUUCAAUGAUUUCAAGAUAUAUUACUUUUAUAUCAAAAAGGAAGUUUUAUGUUUAGAGAUUGCUAUAUCAAUUUAUGAAAAGAAGAUGAAAGUUUAAGAUUAAUAGUUACAAUAGUACAAAUUUGAGGAUAUAAAGAAAGCAACAGGAUAAGCUGUUAUUAAUUUAUUAAUGUUACUUGGUGAGUAUGAAAUCUAAAAGGAAUUUUAUAAUGGUGUAUAUUUAUAAUAUCUUCAGUUGAAGCCAAUUAGUGAAAAAGUAAAAAUAUAGAUUGCUGUUGUUAAAAACAAGUUUUUACCAAGUCUUUUAAGAAAAGAGGAUGUUUGUCCAAUUUGUCGACAACAAUUGAUAACAUGGGUUACAUGUCCGACUCAUAGAUUCAUAAGAUGUUAAACUACACUUGAACCAAUAUAUUUAUAAUAACUUUAUGUUUGCAGAGGUUGUGAUUUAAGAUCCAUCGAACCAAUUAAAGUGUGUCCUAUAUGUGGUUGUGAGAUGAAAAAAUUAUUAAAAUAUUGA